CGCAUGCGCGCUCCUCCUCCGCGCUCGGUUCCAGCGCCUCACCCCCGGGUGGAGCCGAGCCUGAGCGAGGGUGGAAGGGAGUGAGAAGGGGCGGAGCGGACUGUGGGCAGAGUAGCUAAGGGACCCGAGCGCUAGCGGACGCCGGUCUUCUCCUUCCUCUUCGAGAGGCCGACUUAGGAGAGACCAGAAAUGAGUGGAAUGCUAUCUUAAAGAAGUCAAAAAUCUGUUAAAAUCUUUAUAAAUACUACUUAAAUGAAGAAAGAUAAAAAAACCCACAGAAUUCCAACUGAUAAUUACCCCAUUCAGACACUGGUGAAUAUGUCCCUCAGUCCAAGCCGACCUUCCUCCUCAGAGUUGAUGGAACUUCAUGUUUUUUAUGUCCCUGAAGGAUCGUGGAACUAUAAGCUAAAUACCAUUUCAAUAGAAGUUGUUAACAAAUUCAUUUCAGCUGGAUUUAUAAGAGUAUCUCCUCACCUAACUUUACAAGCCCUGAGAGAACGACUUGGUGAGUUCCUUGGUGAAGAUGCUGUUGCAGAAAAAUUUUUAUUUCUGAAAUGCAUUGGAAAUAAUCUAGCUGUGGUGAAGGUAAAACAAGAAUCAGAACUGAAACUCAAAUCAUUUGCUCCUCCAUAUGCUCUUCAACCGGAAUUAUAUUUGCUUCCUAUAAUGGAUCAUUUAGGAAAUAUUUAUUCAGCAUCAACUGUUGCUUUAGAUGGGCGGCAGACUAAUAAUGGUGUUGCUGAGGCUGAUGGAAUAAUCCACAGACCACUUAGAGUAACUUUGUUGAAGGAAGAACCUGGAACGGAUCCCAGUUUUUUAGUAAACACUUUGAAAGAGCUUCUCAACAAGAAUCAGGAAGAAGCAGCAUCAGCUGGGGAAAAAGCCACUCCAAAAGAAAACCAGACUGGAAAAAAUCAAAUUGGAAAUUCUGAAGUUCCAGGAUCAUUAGAAUCGAAUAGUGAUUAUUUUAGCAACAGAAAAAGUCCAUUUCUUUGGAAAAAUGAAGAUGAUGGAGUUAAUAUCAUUAGAACAGAGGACAAUCAGAUAGAUAAAAAAGAGUGUAUCACCCUACCAGAUCUUAUUGAUUUUCCUUCACUUCCUUGUCAAGCUGCUCUUUCUCCAGGAACAAUUGAUAUAUCUUUAUUACAGAUUGAAAGAGAGAAGAUUAUUGAACAGAUGAAACAAGUAAAGGAAGAAAGAAGAUAUCUGGAAAGAAUUAGGGAAGAACUUAUAAAAAAAGUUGAAAAGCUAUUUGAACAAAAUAAAUUGAAGCGAUAUCAUGCCUGUGAUGGUUGGAAGAAAAAAUAUUUGGAAACAAAGAAAAUCACAGCCUCACUAGAGGAUGUUUUAACAAAACUUAGAGAAGAUUUGGAACUUUACUAUAAAAAACUGCUCAUGCAACUUGAAGCCAGGGAGAUCAAGAUGAGACCAAAGAAUUUGGCAAACAUCACAGACUCUAAGAAUUACCUCAUCAUCCAGAUCACUGAAGUACAGCAUGCAAUUGACCAACUUAAGAGAAAACUAGAUACUGACAAAAUGAAACUUAUAAUAGAAGUUAAGAUGAGAAAGCAAGCAGUCUCAGAUUUACGCACAUUAAAAGCUGAACUGGCACAGAAGAAAAUUAACACAUCUUUACAAUCUCAAUUAGCUUUGGUUUUAAGACUUUCCACAUUUCUUCAGUUUGCUGUUUGGCUACAGCAUCUCCAGAAUAGUCAAGACAAUUUGCGUGCCACAUGCCAAUGCCUCGUAAGCCAUGCUUUUGAGCUCAGGGGAUGAUUUUGUUUGUGAUGAAUUUGCCAAAUCAAAAGGGAGCAUUGGCUGCUGCAGUACAUUCUGACAAGGUUUGACUUUGUUCAUCAUAAGACAUCACAAAGAGAAAGUCACAAGCAUCUGCAAUUCCGGCAUAAUUAUAGCACCUAUCUUUGUACUUUGGAGACCAAGUCACAUCAAAGGUUACCUGCGGGAAAACACAUGCCAUUUUAUGGAACAUGAUCAAAUAUGCUUAUUUUAUCUGUUUUUUUUUUUAUUAUAUAUUUUCUUGCCUCAUCCAAGAGAAAAGACUGUUUAUGUAUAUGAACAUAAGGUUAGACACAUAUAGAACAGUUCUAAGAUAUUUCUGCCCAUAUGAAUUGACAUAGAUAAUAUUUGGCCAGAUACGAUGUCCAGGAGCAGGGCUCUGUGUAGAAGAGGAGUUUUAAACUUAAUGUUUUUAAAGGCUAGACUAGUAACUCAACUGAGGAAAGAAAUAGGUAAUGACAGUAGGGUAUGGUGAGGCCUCUAAGCAACUAGGCAGUAAAGAAAUCACACUAAAAUAAGUCAAAUACAAAGGUUUGUGUUUUGUUUUUUUUUUAAUAUCAUGCAGGCUAGAUAGGUCAUCUCUUAGCACAAGUUGACUGUGUUGGGAGUUUAACCCCCUGAUAUACAAUUACGUUACAUGAUAGGUUUAAUCCAACAUUACAGUUAAAGGAUAGUGGUUUAUGGCUAUAAGGAUAAAUUAACUCAAAAUGUUGAACAAAUCACUUAAAUGGUCUUAUUUUAUGGGAAUAGUCAAAUAAAACUUGAGUGAUGAAUUUUGGUGAGCCAGUUUUCAACAAGGAUGAGUCUGUUUAAAGUAUUUACUGCCUUAGCCAAAUAUUAAUUAGCCUUAUUUUAUAUAUGUGCAAAUGUUCUAAAGCUUCAGUAAAGGUUUUUUUCUCUCAUUAGACACAUUAAUUAUUACAAAAAUUGAGAUAGUUCAGUUAAAACUUUUAUACUUUGGCCAAUUUAUUACUCUCUUUAGGACUUUAUCAAAAUUUUAUAAUUGUCUAAGUAUCAGCACUAAAGGAAGUUCAGCUUUACAAGUACAAGCUUUCCUCAAUAGCACUACAGCAAAAUAGGUUAUAAAGUGAAUUUGUUUUACACAUCCGAUCCCAUUUUAUCACUGCCUCGCCUAUUAUAAAAUAGGAGCUAUAUUCUAGUAAUAGAGAAACUAAAUGAUCACCUCUAAACAGGUAAAUUUCAAAUCCAUUGUAUAAGUCCUUAUCCCCUCCUGAGCAUUAGGAGUAUUUUUACCAGCACUUUCUGUCAUAGUUCAUCUCCUAUUUUGGAGAAAGCAGCAUUAGUAUAUUAGACAAAUCAAAAUGAUUUUGGUUCUCCUCUUAGCUCUGUUAUAACUAUGUCUGUGUCACUAAAAACAUCUCAAACUGUUUUCCUACCUGUAAAAAAUGAUGAAGAACUCUUCAAUUCAAUGACCAUAAUUCUAUAAUCUUAAUCAUUUUUCCCCCAAAACUCAUUUCUCCUUCUAGACUCUAGUCAUUUUUUUCUGGUGGUCAGUUUAAGAACUUUUGGGGACUUCUCUCACCCCCCCCAUAACUAAUCUCACAUUUUCCUUUGAGUGGCUUCUCUAUUCUGCCAGAGAACAGCUUUCUGCCUCUUUCUUUCCAUUAAUUAAUAUUUAUUAAACACUUCCUAGUGUUAAGGUUAUGCCAUCAUCCUAAUCCAAACUAUAAAUCUCAAGUUGUUAGAUGUGGAUUAGUCCAUACUGGUCUCCAUUUCUCCUUUAGACUAUUAUACAUACUACUAUGGCAUAACCUUCCCCAUACACUUUCUACCAUGUAAACCCAUUACAUACAUACAGAAUAAAUGCAAGUACUUCAGUCUGACAUUCUGGAUAUUCCAUAAUCUGACCUGUUUUCACAAUUGUACCUCCCCUUAAUUUUUAAAAUUGAAUUUAACAGAGUAGCACAAAUUGUUCUACUUGCCCCCCAAACAUGGAAAUAUUCCUACUGCAAAGUCUUUGUUCAGUCUCUUCCUCCUUGCCCUUUCACUGUAGGAUAAUCAGAGCUAGCAAAAAGAUUGUUUACCACACACUAAUUCUAACCUAUUAGUAACAGCAAUCUAAAGACUGAAGGAAAAGUUUUCCAAGAACAAAAUUUGACAGGAGAGGAGUAUGGUGGCUUUUUUUGCUAUUCUUAAUCUAAAUUGUUUUCAUCUGAAGAGGGAGGGUACAAGAUAGUGAUACAGGAAAACCCAGAAAUCACCUGCUCCAUAGACACACCAAAUCUAUACCUCUUUCUAGAACAAUUCCUCCUGGGUGCCUGGGUGGCUUAGGCAGUUAAACAACUGCCUUUGGCACAGGUCAUGAUCCCAGAGUCCUGGGAUCAAGUCCCACAUCGG